AUAAAUUAGAAUUAGAUGGGCAUAGGGUACGAUAUUGUUGUAGAAUCUGAAAGUGAAAUGGCAGGGGAAAGGGAAGAGCAGCAGCAAAAUGAGGGAGCGAUGCAGAGGGUGCAGCUGCCGUCAUUUUCUCAGAUAGUGGGGCUAAUAACGCUGUUGACGGUGGGAGGUGUGCUGCUAACCAUGACGGGCCUCACUCUGACGGGCACCGUCAUCGGGCUGGUGAUGGUGACUCCCGUUCUGAUAUUGUUCAGUCCAAUUCUGGUGCCCGUGGGUACGGUCCUGUUCCUGACUGUGGCGGGGUUUGUGGCGGCAGGGGGGUUGGGGGUAGGUGCGAUGACGUUGGUGUCGUGGAUAUACCAUUACCUCACAGGUGCUCACCCGCCUGGAUCGGACCACCUCGACUACGCUCGUCGUCGCAUCUCCGACACCUCCGCUCAGAUCGGUCACAAGGCCCGCGAUUAUGCUGGAGCUGUGCAAUCCAAAGCUCACGAUGUUUCUUCUAAUCAUUAAAUAAAAGCUUUUCAUUUUGUUACCUUUCAAAAUAAAAUAUAUUUCAGCUUCCAUCUACCGACUUGGGCUUUUUGUACUGUUUCUUUAAAUUGUUACGCGUUUUCGCCAGUAAUAUCAAAUUUGGCUUUUGAGUUGAA